AUGCGAAGAGUAUCAUCGGGUUCGCCUCUCUUGAGAUUUGUAUGGUUGGCCCAUAAACCAACAACAACAACAAGUGUUUUGAGUCAGGGAGCUUUCUCAUCAUGUAUUCAACAACAACAACACUCGUUUAGUUCGUGCUCUAUCCGAACACAACAGUAUAAUUUUGAAGAGGAAGAAGAAGCUAAAUUACCACCAACAAACAUCAUUCAAGAUAGCUUCCCUGUUGCUAAAUCUCAUUUGAAAGAGAGAUAUAUGCAACCACCUAAACUUGACAGGCACGGUAACCCUGUUUGGGACUACACCAAAAUGAAAGCCUUUGAUAAAUCUAAAUAUCCAGCCAUUGAAUCACCCUUCCUCACCAUUCCAAAGAAAAAGAGACACGAAUGGAAAGUUAGAGAUUAUGAUGAAAAGAUGACCGUCGAGUUCCGUUGUGGAGUAAAGUCAGACGAUUUUAUGGCGUGUGGUUUAACUCCUUUGGAGAGUCCUCUUGGCUCGAGCUCAGAGGCUACCAAAUUUGUUUUGCCAGUUUCGGAAUCUAGUGUUGAACAAGUGAAGAAGAUUUUCAGUUUUUCCACAGCAUCCAAGCCCGAAAUGAACAAACAGAAAAAGCAAGCCCAAAUUUUACGUUUCCAAAAGUCUCCAAGAGAUACUGGUAGCGCUCCUGUUCAAAUUGCUGUUUUGACUGAGCGUAUCAAGGCACUCACUGAACAUUUAAAGACCAAUCACAAGGACUACACAUCGGCAAGAAAAUUGCAAGUCAUUGUCAACAGAAGAAAGAGAAUGAUGAGAUAUUUGAAGAAAACAAAUCCUGACAUUUAUUGGGAAACAAUUCGUAACUUGGAUAUGAAGAUUAGUUUAGUCGAUUAA